UGUGCGGCUCUGGCUCUUCGCUGAGUCACUCUAAAAGGAAUAAGUGAAACAGAAUUUUCGGCUUCCAAGUGUUCUUCAGUUUGCAGCACGUUUAAUAAGGUCAAGCUGGUGUGUAAAUCAAAAACAAUCAUGACUGGAAAGGACGGGGAAGAACCGACAAAGCCGAAACCAGCAGAACCGAAAUUGGAGAAUGGUAAACCUAGCGCUAAGAAAGAUGAAGAGGAGAAGGAAGCUGAGCUGUCAGAGGAAGAUAAGCAGCUCCAGGAGGAGCUGACGAUGCUAGUGGAGCGGUUGACCGAGAAUGACAGCGCCCUCUAUAAGCCAGCGCUGGAGAGCCUGCGCGCGCAGAUUCGCUCGAGCACAAGUUCGAUGACGUCAGUUCCAAAGCCGUUAAAGUUCCUGCGGCCACACUAUGACACGCUGAAGCAGGUCUAUGACAAGAUCCAGGAUCCCGAGACGAAGCGAUUCUGCGCCGACAUCAUCUCUGUGCUUGGCAUGACAAUGAGCGACGCGCGUGACUGCCUUAAGUACCGCCACCUCGGUUCGAAGGAGGAUAUCGGCUCGUGGGGCCACGAGUACGUGCGACACCUGUCCGGCGAGAUCUGCCAGGACUGGGGUGAGACGUCCGACGAUGAUGAGGUGCAGCGGGCGAUGCUGCUCGCUCUCGUGCGACAGAUCCUGCCCUAUGACAUGGACCACAACGCAGAGACGGACGCCUGCGACCUGCUCAUGGAGAUCGAGCGUCUUGACUUGCUAGAGGGCGCCGUCGACGAGACGGCGUUCCAGCGCGUCUGCCUCUACCUGACGAGCUGCGUCGCAUAUGUGCCUGAGCCCGAGGAUUCGCAGCUGCUCAAGACCGCGCUAGCCAUCUUCCGCAAGUUCGGCCGGCACCCGGAGGCGGUGCGGCUCGCGAUACAGCUAAACGACGUUCGCUUGGUUGAGGAGAUCUUCCGCUCGUGCGGCGACGUCGUCGUGCAGAAGCAGAUGGCGUUUGUGCUCGGCCGACAGCAGAUCUUCCUCGAACUUGACGAGGAGAUGGAGGAGUACGAUGAGCUGAUCGAAAUCAUGUCCAAUGCGCACCUCAACAACAACUUCCUUGCGCUCGCACGCGAGCUCGAUAUCAUGGAGCCGAAGGUCCCCGAGGACAUCUACAAGUCGCACCUCGAGCCGACUCGGCCGUCGUUCGGCGGUUCGAAUGUUGACUCGGCGCGGCAGAACCUUGCCGCGAGCUUCGUGAACGGCUUCGUGAACGCCGCGUUCGGCGCAGACAAGCUACUGAUGGAGGAUGGAAACAAGUGGCUGUACAAGAACAAGGACCAUGGCAUGCUGAGCGCAACGGCGUCACUCGGGCUCAUCCUGCUGUGGGAUGUCGACGGCGGGCUGACGCAGAUUGACAAGUACCUGUACUCGUCUGAGGAUUACAUCAAGUCGGGUGCGCUGCUCGCAUGUGGCAUUGUUAACUCGGGCGUGCGCAACGAGUGCGACCCAGCGCUUGCGUUGCUAUCCGACUACGUGCUGCACAACAGCAACGUGAUGCGCAUUGGAGCGAUCAUCGGGCUCGGACUCGCCUACGCCGGCUCUGACCGUGAGGACGUGCUUAGCUUGCUGCUGCCGGUGCUAGCAGACGCAAAGUCCAACAUGGAGGUCGUCGGAAUGGCAGCCCUGUCGUGUGGCAUGAUUGCAGUUGGCUCAUGCAACAGUGAGGUCACAUCCACCAUCUUACAAACGCUUAUGGAAAAGAGUGAGAGUGAUCUAAAGAAUACAUAUGCCAGGUUCGUGCCGCUGGCUCUUGGUCUCAACUUCCUCGGCAAGCAGGAAUCGAUCGACGCCGUGAUCGCGGCGCUCGAGGUGCUGCCGGAGCCGUUCCGCGGCAUGGCGUCCGUUCUCGUCGACGUGUGCGCGUACGCAGGCACGGGCAACGUGCUCAAGGUGCAGCGCCUGCUCCACAUCUGCAGUGAGCACUACGAGCACACCGACACCGACGACGCCAAGGACGCGAAGAAGGACGAGCGCAGCAAGAAGAAAGACGAGAAGAAGGAGAAGGAGGAGGAGGAGGAGAAGGAGAAGAAAGGGAAGGCCGACCUGUCAUCGCAGCAGGCGGUCGCCGUGCUCGGCAUCGCACUGAUUGCGAUGGGUGAGGACAUCGGCUCGGAGAUGUCGUUCCGCUCGUUCGGUCACCUGCUACGCUACGGCGAACCGACGAUACGCCGUGCCGUGCCGCUCGCGCUCGCUCUGAUCUCCGUCUCGAACCCGAACCUGAGCAUCAUGGAAACGCUGAGCAAGUUCUCGCACGACAGCGACCAGGAGGUGGCGCACAACGCAAUCUUCGCGAUGGGCAUGCUCGGCGCGGGCACGAACAACGCGCGCCUCGCCGCGAUGCUGCGUCAGCUCGCCGUCUACCACGCGAAGGACCCAGCGAACCUCUUCAUGGUUCGGCUUGCGCAGGGCCUGACGCACCUCGGCAAGGGCACACUGACGCUGUCGCCGUAUCACAGCGACCGCGCGAUCAUGUCGCCCGUCGCCGUCGGCGGGUUGCUGGCGACGCUCGUCGCGUUCCUCGACGUGAAGAAUAUCGUGCUCGGCCGCUCACACUACAUGCUGUACUACGCCGUCGCCGCGAUGCAGCCGCGCAUGCUCGUCACGCUCGAUGACGAGGCUCACCCGCUGCCCGUCUCCGUGCGCGUCGGCCAAGCCGUCGACGUCGUCGGGCAAGCCGGGAAGCCAAAGACGAUCACAGGCUUCCAGACGCACACGACGCCUGUGCUGCUUGCGCACGGAGAGCGCGCCGAGCUAGCGACGGAGGAGUACAUCUCGCUGACUCCCGUCAUGGAGGGCUUCGUCAUCCUGAAGAAGAAUCCUGCGUACGAGUCUGGCACGUAGGCAGCACUGUCGGGUUGCGCGCGGGCAGCCUGGGGUGGGGUGUAUAGCAUAGUCGCCGUCGUUUGACGGUUUCUCCCCCUUUCGGUAGCUCGGAGUUCUCAACGUGUAAUUGAAAUGCCGUGGGUUGUGUCGCAUAAGGUGGAAAUUUACGUUCUUUGAUGCUAAGAGAAGCGAGUGCAUCUGUUUAAAUGUGGCAGCGUACCUUAGCGACAUUGUUUAAGUAACAAAGCACAUGAUAAAUAAUUACAAUACCGCCAAGGUACUUCAAGCAACAGAGGUAUAAACCAAACCAUCAAGUGUUGUAUGUAGUACACGCCGCGUGUACGCUAUGGCAGCACCUGCAACUCAUUUUCUCCAUAACUGACUGUCGUCCACUUUAUUAACGGAUAUCAUCUAAUCUUAUUAUUACCACAUUUACUUACUCAUUAUUAUUUUAGUAGUCGAGUGAAGGCAAAGCAAGCAAAGAUUAUAUAUGUAUUUUAGAUGUAGCUAGUAUUAUACACAUGAUUCUUCUGCAUCAUGAGUUUGAUAGUUAGCAUUGAUCAUUCUUAUGAAAGUAUUAGCUCUGGACAAAAUGUUACAUACUAAGUGGUACAUAUAGUUCAAUACUGGAAUGUAUUAUAUCUAAAUGUAAGCGUUUUGAAAUGUCAUGCUAGGUAUUGGAAAUGAGAUGGAGAAACUUUUUUCCGAAUAAAUAAAAAACUAUUAUAUUCACAUUA